UAAUUUGAUCUACAGCUCAAUUACUUUUUAUCGGAAGUGUUACUAUAAAUUGAUCUCGAGGCAAUAAUUCCCACUACUUACAUCUAUCCACUUCAUUUUCAUAGUUUUGAAGCGACAAGAGAAGCGAUUUGAAUGGAAUCAAGGGCUGAGCGGCGGCUGAGAUCGAUUCGCGGCCAUCUGAUUUCCGACGCUGAUGAUUCGUCGUCGCCGAUUUCCGCCAAUCCCACCGCCGGUGAAUUUGUUCACGGCCAGCAAUAUAGUGCAGUUCUUCCUGAGAAAUUGCACACUGGGAAAUGGAAUGUGUACAGAUCCGCACGUUCUCCUUUGAAACUCAUUACCAGAUUCGCUGAUUAUCCAGAGAUUGGCACAUUGCAUGAUAACUUUGUACAUUCAGUUGAAACUUUCCAAGACUACAAAUAUCUGGGCACACGUAUACGGGUAGAUGGCACAGUUGGAGAGUACAAAUGGAUGACCUAUGGAGAGGCAGGUACUGCUCGAUCAGCAAUAGGUUCUGGACUUCGCCAUCAUGGAUUACAAUCAGGAGCUCGUGUUGGACUUUAUUUUAUCAAUAGACCAGAAUGGCUGAUCGUGGAUCAUGCUUGCUCAGCAUAUUCGUACAUAUCAGUUCCUUUAUACGAUACCCUUGGUCCUGAUGCUGUUAAGUAUAUUGUAAAUCAUGGUGAGAUAGAGGCCAUCUUUUGUGUGCCAAGUACCUUGAACACACUGCUGACCUUUCUGUCAGAGAUUCCUUCAGUACGUGUAAUAGUGGUAGUGGGAGGGGUAGAUGAACAUCUGCCAUCUCUACCUUCUGCUUCGGGAGUUCAGCUUUUAUCAUACACAAAGUUACUUAGUCAGGGUCGCAGUAACAUGCUUCCAUUUGUCCCUCCCAAACCUGAAGAUGUAGCCACUAUAUGCUAUACCAGUGGUACUACCGGCACACCAAAGGGUGUUGUAUUAACACAUGGAAACUUGAUUGCAAGUGUUGCUGGCAUGACCCUUCAAGUCAAAUUUCAUUCCUCAGAUGUCUACAUUUCCUAUCUUCCCCUGGCACACAUCUAUGAACGAGCGAAUCAAAUUACAUCAGCGUUUUACGGCGUUGCUAUUGGUUUCUACCAGGGGGAUAACCUGAAGCUGAUGGACGACUUAGCUGCUCUAAGACCCACAAUAUUUUCUAGUGUUCCCCGUCUAUACAACAGAAUAUACGCUGGGAUAAUUAAUGCCGUAAAAACUUCUGGUGUUUUGAAGGAGAGGUUAUUUAAUGCAGCAUACAAUUCCAAGAAGCAAGCUGUGAUGACUGGUCGAAAACCAUCACCAAUGUGGGAUAGGUUGGUAUUCAAUAAAAUAAAGGACAAACUUGGAGGCCGAGUUCGGUACCUGACUUCAGGUGCUUCACCAUUGUCUCCGGAUGUGAUGGAGUUUUUGAGGGUGUGUUUUGGCUGUCAAGUAAUUGAAGGUUAUGGUAUGACAGAGACUUCUUGUGUCAUCAGCUCUAUGGAGGAGGGUGAUUUCUUAACUGGUCAUGUUGGUUCUCCCAAUCCUGCAUGUGAAAUAAAGCUUGUGGAUGUUCCUGAGAUGAAUUAUACUUCUGAGGAUCAACCUCAUCCCCGUGGGGAGAUCUGUGUCAGAGGGCCCAUUGUCUUUCAAGGCUACUACAAAGAUGAAGUCCAGACGAGAGAAGUUUUAGAUGAUGAAGGUUGGCUGCACACUGGAGAUAUUGGAAUAUGGAUACCUGGAGGCCGCCUGAAAAUUAUUGAUAGGAAGAAGAACAUUUUUAAGUUGGCGCAGGGCGAGUACAUAGCACCAGAGAAAAUUGAGAAUGUGUACGCGAAGUGUAAAUUUGUUGCGCAGUGCUUUGUGUACGGUGAUAGCUUGAACUCCAGUUUAGUUGCUGUUGUAUGCGUGGAGCCAGAUGUAUUGAAGGAUUGGGCCACAUCCGAGGGUAUCAAGUAUGAAGAUCUGGAACAACUUUGUGCUGAUCCAAGAGCAAAGGCUGCUGUACUUGCUGAGAUGGAUGCCGUUGGAAAGGAAGCUCAGUUGAGAGGUUUCGAAUUUGCAAAAGCUGUAACCUUGGUGGUUGAGCCAUUCACUCUGGAGAACGGCUUGUUAACUCCAACAUUUAAGGUGAAGAGGCCUCAAGCAAAGGCUUAUUUCGCCCAAGCAAUAUCUCGUAUGUACGCAGAGCUUUCCACGUCUGAUCCAACACCACAGAGCAUGUUGUAACCAAACAUUAUGGUAAUAAAAAAACUUGCACAGUUGGUGCAUCCUAAUUUUGAAUAAAUGCGACAGCCAAUUGUUCUUUUUCAUGACGAUGUUCUUUGAAAGAAUUUAUGGUCCCGAAUUUGUAUUAUACAGAGAUGUUAUCUAAAAUGUUAUGACACUUGAG